ACACUUAGCCUUCAAGUCUCUCUUGCGUUCUCACUCUCUCCUCUCUCUCUCCUCCUAUCUCUCUAUCUCUAUCUAUCUAUCUGUUUAUCACUAUUUCCCUCCUUGGUUUACGAAUUUCUUCACCUCAUCAACCGUUCAACUUUAAUUUGAAUAUAGAAGAUUUUAAGCAAGUUUCGUUUAAACUCUUUCUUUGAAAAUGUCGAAUAAACCAGUAAACGUCGGAAAUUGGAUUGAAGAGAAUAAGAAGUAUUUUAAACCACCAGUCUGCAAUAAAAGCAUACACAAGGAUGGCCAACUAAAGAUAUUUUGCGUUGGAGGACCGAACGUUCGAAAGGAUUUUCAUAUUGAGGCUGGAGAAGAGCUGUUUUAUCAGAUUAAGGGCGAUAUGUGCCUAAAAAUCUUGGAAAAAGGUCGGCAUCGAGAUAUUAUUAUCAAACAAGGCCAGAUCUUCUUGCUGCCUGCCUGCAUACCGCAUUCGCCUCAACGAUUCGAAAAUACUAUAGGAAUAGUAUUGGAACGAGAGAGGGAUAAAACGAAAAGUGAACUAGACGCGUUGAGAUACUUUGUUGAAAAUGAUGGUAAACCUACGAACGAUAUUCUCUACGAGAAAUGGUUCUAUUGUGAUGAUUUGGAAAAAUUAGGCCCCAUUAUUGCAGAGUAUUUCGCUUCUGAACAGCAUAAAACAGGUCGCCCAAUUCCCGGUUCUCUUGGUAAAUCAGUGUUCGAGUUGGAUGAAGAUUCAACUGUUAUUGAACCAUUUGAUUUACGACAAUGGAUAGAAGAUAAUAGAAAAGAUAUCGAGUCACAUCAAUACAAGCGGAUGUUUGAUGAAGAUUUUCAAUUUCAAGUUUUUGCCUAUUCUGCCUUAAAGAUAACCGACCGGUGUGAUAUUGCGGAAACUUGGUUUUGGGUUAUUGAGGGAAGUUGCGAAAUAACAACCUCUGGUGUAACUCACAGUCUGAAACAAGAUGAUUCUCUUUUGGUACCUAUAAAUGAACAAUAUCGUUACGAAGGAACCGAAGGUUGUAUUACCCUCAUGUGUUUUCAAGACGGUAAUAAAGGAAAGCUUCGAUUAACAAAUGGAACGAUUAGCGCAUAA